UAAACUUUGUCGCCUCCAUGAUCUCAUGCGGGACUUAUGCUUGUUGAAAGCCCAAGAGGAGAAUUUUCUCAAGGUUGUUCGUGUUGAAGCCUUUGAUAAUCAACAACUAAAGUGGGAGAACUCUGCCUCUUCAUCUUCAUCGUCACCGUUGACCAAAAUUCGUAGGCUUGCUGUGUACUAUUUGGGUGAUCAUGAUGCGAAUAAUAUAAGGCGAGAAUAUAUUAAUCUCGAAGAAUUAACUAAUCACCACCAUCUGCGGUCAUGCCAAUUUUACUUCUUUGGAAACGGUUUGGAAAUUUCGGGUUGGGAACAGAUAAAAUCACUUCUCAAGGGCUUCAAGUUGCUUAGAAUUUUAGAUGCCAAUAGCAUGAAAAUCAAAACAGAGGAAGGGAAGUUGCCCGGAGACAUAGGAAACUUGUUUCACUUGAGAUAUUUAAAUAUAAACGAUUCUUAUAUUAAAAGUGUGCCUUCUUCUAUAGGCAACUUGAGAUUCCUCCAAACCCUAGAUCUAAGGAAACUUCUACAUUUUCGUAGUCCUUUCGAUAUAACAAUUGAGACAUCUACAUCUAUACCCAAUGUCCUGUGGAGGUUGGAACAAUUGAGACAUCUAUAUCUUCCUCGUAGAAUCGAGCUGACUGGUACAAGUAAGUUGCGAUUGGAUGGUUUGAGCAAAUUGGAGACGCUAGAAGCCUUUGAUACAGAGUAUUGUGACGUCAGAUACUUUCCCAAACUGACAAAUCUUCGAAAAGUAGAAGUUCAUUCGAGAGACCCCAAAGACUUGGCAGUGAUCCUUAAAUCUCCAAUCCUCCUCAACAAUUCAAACAGCCUUCUUCUACCAUCUUUAUCCUUCAUGAUUGUUGGAGAUUUCGAAACGGAAGAAGAACAAAGCCUUUUAAGGCAACUUUUAGGAUGCCACCAUCUUCGCAAAUUGGAAUUACGUGGGUCCCUGAAUCCGGUUAAGAAAUUCCCAGACCAAUUCCCUCCAAAUCUCACCAAGUUAACCAUGUGGAAUACUGAACUAGAGGAAGACCCAAUGCCAACAUUGGAGAAGUUGCCCAACUUAAGGACUCUCUUCUUGGGUGAAAAUUCCUACAUGGGGAAGGAGAUGGUUUGUUCUUCUGGACCAUCCAGCAUCAACGGUGGAGGAGGAGGAGGGGGCUAUGGCGGCUGUGAUGGUGGAGGUUUUCCGAAACUCAUAUCUUUAGAGCUCUACUACCUUCGAAACUUGGAGGAGUGGAGGGUGGAACAAGGAGCCAUGCCCUGUCUCUUCCGUUUAGAAAUUAAUGGAUGCCCAAAAUUGAAGGAGAUUCCGGACGAAUUGAGGUUCAUUACCACCCUCCGGGAAUUGGUUAUUCAAGGCGCAUCUGAAGCACUCCAACAGAGGUUUAGAGAAGGAGGAGAAGACUUCUACAAAGUCAAGCACGUGCCUACUAUCAUAUUAAAUUGAUGAAGUUUGGAGUUUGGAUGAAGCUACUGUGGUUCUUUGGAGUUCGGAUGAGUGGAUGUUGCAUAUGUAGCAACUGUUGCUAUUUACUGUGGAUUUCUUGGACUGUUUAAUUGUAUAAUUUAGAUGAUUGGUUGGAUUCUCUUAGACUUAAUUUGGAUGGUUUGCUUGUGAGUGUGUACUGUUAAUUUCCUUUUAUUCAUGUUGGACUUAAUUUGGAUGGUUAUUUGUAUGUUUGAUUUCUUUUUAAACAAGUUGGACUUAAUUUCUUGUUACUCUUGGGUGAUAGUUUGUCUUUUGAAUUAAGGUGAUUUAUUUGAAGAACAGGGUUGAACGUUGAA